AUGAACUAUCCAUCGCCACCACCCAGCCAAUCACACGCCGAGAUCUUCCUCACGCCUUACACGUCCAUCCAGAUGGGCGCGGUAACCCCCAUGCACAAUGACGAACCCAACGUUGAAUUUCCAGCCGGAUGGAAUGAAGAACGUGGUUUUGUCUCGCCUUAUCAUAGAAACCCCUUCCUAUCUACUCCUGUCCCUGAUGGUGUUCAACAUAGCUUGAAUGUCAACAACGGUGACAUCUUGCGAUGGGACGCUUUUCCCCAUGGAGUCGCAGCGGCAGAGGACUUCAGUUCCUCGUGGACUCAAGGUGGUGUUGACGGGGAUCCGUUGAUGAAUGAUAUGUGGGGGCACAACAACAAUACAUUCUUCCCUGAUGUCGACACACAAGGCGAGUUCACACAAGGCGAGUUCACGCAAAGCCAUGUCAAUGUCGGAACUCACAUGAGCCCAUCUCGUCCUGAACGGUUGUCGACAGUGUUCACGCAAGGCGACGCCGUUGCGUAUGGACCUAGCGAUGCGGUUGUAACCAGUAACGAUAAUGAUGGCAUUGAACAUCUAGUUGAGGAUGGCGUCGAUGAUCAAGGAUCGUUGAAGUUUAUCCAAUGCCCUCAGCCCGCAAGGCCCAGGCGCGCGGCUGUGUCUAGGGGACAGAAGCCGACGGGGGUAAUUAAGCUCAAGAAGAAUUCACGGCCCAGGCCCAUGUAUCGACCUAUCGAGAUGAAGGUUCGUUCUGCUGUUAGGAAGGAUCCGUUGAUCCAAUGCACGACGCAGUUCGUCCACUAUGAACCGCAAACGUCAAGUACUACAACGGACAGCUCCGAUGAAGAAUCCGAUGAAGAAUCCGUCUUCGAUCCCUACGACCAGGUGACCUCCCAUGAGGACAAGUUAGAAGCCGGCAAGCAACGCCUAGAAAACGACCGCAUCCGCUUCUUCAACAACGGCUACGUCGAGCGAAUCCCAGGCACAGUCGAUGGCCAUAUCACCGCAACAGACUUGAAUCGCUUCGAUGAAGGCCUAGGACCCGAACGUAAAUUCCGCCAUAACGAAGAUAAAUUCCCAAGCGAACAACAAUCUGGAUCAACCAAGUGGCGAUGGCCGGAACUCCGCAUCAAGAACUAUAUGGAAAACAAGUGGAGGGUAGACGACUACGCGUUUGAAGGACCGCCUCACGCAGGUCGAAACCACUGGGCGCCUGCGACCACGGACUUGUCGGUUCUGGGUGACAUUGACAUUUCGGCGUGGGAGAUUGUUGCCUUCCUUCCGGCGACGAUUUCACAGUACAAUGUGAGCCAUCGUCUAGCGGCAAACGGAUGGAUGCCAGCGAAGAUCGCAGAUGCCAUUAAUUACGUCCACCAACUCCCGUUGGAGUCACACAUCAAGGGCGAUACCGUAAAACACAAGGUUCUGGCUUCAGAUAAGCGUCGCUAUGGCCAAUCCUGGGUGAAAUGCUGCAAGGCAAACGGCUUCGCACAAGACCGCCCACGAGUCACGGAUGGCACCGCCCGUUAUCUCAGCGCAGCAGGCGGGGCUUUCGAGUGCUACGACCGGUGGCGCCCACGAGCGAACCCGUAUCUCUUGAAUCUCGCGGGGAACGCAACACAAGUGAAGUUCCCGGAGCGAGAACAUCGUGGUGUUCUGACUGCGGCGGUCGAGUUCGCUAUCAAGCAUGAUCUGAAAGAUUGUCGACUGAGUGAUGUCCCUGCACUCGUCGCUGAAUACAAUCUAGGUCAGAUGAGCCAUUGGCGUAAGGCAUGGAUGCCGACCCCAACCGCGGAUAUGAAUGCGCUUGAUGAGUUCAAAGUGAUGAUGGAGCCGAUCCGGAAGGAGCUUGGAAGGUCAAGGCGAAAGGAGAAUAAGAUUAGUCGUACGACCAGGAAAAGGAAAAGGAGUGGUGAUGAUGAGGAUGAGGAUGAGGAUCAGGGACGAAGGAAGAAGGUGUCGCGUGUUUAA